AUGAUGAGAAUGAGGGCCUCUUUAACCACGGCAUUGGUGGCAGACGGGAGAAGAAGACAAAUUCAAGAAAUCGAAGUGACAUUGAUAGCGAAGAAAGUUUCCGUCAAUGGACUGGGAAGAUUCUACGACAAGGUCGUCAAUUCCUCCAUAAUUACUCGAUACCUCGUAUACGUCCUCCCAGUUGCCCUCCUCCUCGCUGCUCCGAUUGUCAUAUUUGCGAUUUAUAAUCCUCACGCCAUCUUCGCCAAUACCGGGGUCAGGGUAACCCUCUUCUGGUUAUGGAUCGAGAUCGUUUGGCUCAGUAUUUGGGUUUCAAAACUUGUUGCCAAGGCUGUCCCAUGGGUGUUUAUGUUUCUCUGUGGAGUUGUCAGUUCUGGAACUCGGAAAUAUGCUCUAAUAUUGAAGUCUGUGGAGAUUCCACUAUCGCUGGUAGGAUGGGCUAUGACUUGUCUGGUGGCUUUCACAGCUAUCGCCAGAAUUGAACGAAGGCAUACCUAG